AUAACCUUAUCUUCACCGCUUGCCAGCGGCUUAUUGCCCCACGUCCUCUUUUAUGCACGCCACGCUACCCGCGCUGUAUGUGCUCGUGAAAUACAACAUCGCUUUAUUUACAGUCUUUCCAUUGUUGAACACGUCCCAGUCUCUAUUGAGAACUCCGCCUGUCGCUUCUUUAUCUGGUUUGCAGUGAACACGAGGCAAGUUGCGAACAAACAGUUGGAACGAAGGGAAUCUAGAAGGCUGCGAUAUUAAGCAAGUGUACCCGAGUGUCUGGGCCUCGGGUUUACAUCAUUUUUAGGGUCUUGGGAGCGGAUUGUGAGACGAGAAAGUGCUUUGAGGAGCCAGCGAAAGCGACGGCAGCUUCGCUUUACCAUCUCCGUUUCGGCACUCGAUAUACGUUUGCUUUUACGCUGUCUUUCUACUCGUAUAUUCAUCGCAUCUGACCAUUUACCCUCACAAAAGCACAUCAUGUCUUCGGCAACGCCAACGCCCCAAGACUCUGGUCUGCCUGCGCCUGCAACGCCAUACGAGUCCUCAGCUUGCGCAUCAAACACUUCGUCUGCGUCAAAGCCAACUAUACUCCACCUUGGCGACGACAUCCGGUGGAACCAUUCUUUAUACGCCGAGCUAAACAACAAAUUCAGCAUCAUAAGAACGUACUCGAUCGGUAGAGAAGAGUUCAAACAAGCGCUCAAAGAGAAGAAGUGGGGCGAUUUCGUAGGCAUGUACCGUCCCUUCUGGAACACAGGCGGCGAAAUGGGGAAUUGGGAUGAAGAACUCAUUGACCUCCUCCCGUCUUCUUGCAAGAUCUACGCCUCAGCCGGCGCAGGGUUCGACUGGGUAAACACGCAGUACCUCGCCUCGCACGCAGGAACUAUAUACUGCAACAGCGCAUCCGCGUGCACCGAAUCCGUCGCCGACGCCGCCAUCGUACUAAUCCUGUCCUGCUACCGCGCAAUCACCUGGUCCUUCCUCGCAGCGCGAUCUUGCGACCCAGAUCAAUUCCGCAAUGCGAACCAGAACAUCGCAGCCGUGACGCACAAUCCCAAUGGCAGCACGCUGGGUAUCGUGGGAUUGGGCCGGAUCGGUAUGCGUGUUGCGGAGAAAGCUAGUCGCGCUUUUGACAUGAAGAUUGCUUAUUACGAUGUGUACAGGAUGGAGGAGAGGGAGAAGGAAAUUGGGGCGAGGUGGUGUGCGUCGCUGGAGGAGUUGCUGUCGACGUCGGAUUGCGUACUCCUUGCUACGCCUUUUUCGGGGGAAACGCUGCUUUCGACGAAGGAAUUCGCGCAGUUCAAGAAGGGGGCGAGGCUUGUUAAUAUUGCGAGGGGGAAGCUGGUGGAUGAGGAGGCGCUUAAUAAGGCGUUGGAUGAUGGCACGGUUUCGGCGGCGGGGCUGGAUGUUCAUGCUAAUGAGCCGCAUGUGGAUAAGAGGUUGGCGCAGAGGAGUAAUGUUAUGGUGUUGAGUCACACGGCAGGUGCGAGUGUCGAGAGUCACGUUGGGUUUGAGAGGUUGGGUAUGGAGAAUUUGCUGGGGUGGUUGGAGAAGGGGGAGGAGGGGUGUCUGAGCGCUGUGAAUUUGGCGUGGUUGAAGCGGGAGUGAUGGGCUGUAGAUGUGUCUGCGUUUCGUAUUCUUCAUGUUUAGUGUCGAUGCAUAUGCGGUGCUGUAUUCUUUCCAUGCUCUCUAGUUUACAUCAACGUCUUCUUCACACUCUCAGACGGGCAUAUAGCGUUUCUCUUUGCUUGUUCCUCUUCUCCUUUUUGCCUUCCUCCUGACUAUCCGACCUUCAUUAUUCAGCGCUCGUCCUUCCUGAAAAACGCAGUUGCUGGUUCAUCAGAACGUCUCGCACGGCUCUUGAAGAUGAAGAAGCGUAUUCUCAAUCUACCCACCGAGCCUCUGAACAUAC